ACAAACCCGCAAACCCCACAGGUAAACAACCAGAUUCGUCCGGCGAGAUGGUCUUGGACGUUGGGAUCUUGGCGUUGACGCUCAUCAACGUGCUGCUGCACAUCCACAACCCAUGGCAGGCAGCCCACCACUCCACACCCCGGACCUGCAUCUGCUCGUGUGACGGCCAGACGCCCAUCCACCUCAACAACCACACCAACACCAACACCAACACCAACACAGCCCGUCAAUCUUCAUCUUUACCAGCAGCGGCGCCCGCUGUCAAAGCCAAGAAGAGCACGCCGCAGGGCGACCAACCGCAGCAGCAGCCGCCGCCGCCGCCGCCGCCGAAGAAGGAGGGAUUGGGCGGUCUGGAUGAGUCGAUGUUGGCGCGGCUGGACAACCUGAAGACCUCCUGGAUCAAGAAGCAGCAGGAGAGGCUGGACGCCGAGAGAGCCCACGUGCAAGCCAUGAAGGCCGGCAAGACCCACCCAGGCAACACAGGCAACCCCACACCAACAGUGCCGGUGCCCUACAAACCAACACAGCCACCCGCACAGCCGCAGCCACCGACCACACAGACACAGAAGAAAAGAGAGGACAAGAAAGCCAAGACAACCACCACUGCCACGACAGCAGCAGCAGCAGCAGACAGGAGCCAGAUCCAGGGGUACCCUUCCCACGCGCCGCCCGGUCCGCGGCCGGCCGAUAACGAGAAGUCGGUGGUGCGGCGUCGGGCGGACUUCGGCGCCUUUUUGCUGUCGUUGCAUCCGUAUGGCGUGGGCGUGAUGCUGGGAGUGGGGCGGGGCGAGUUUGCGGUGCACCUUCUGAAGGAGUGGAAGACGUCACCCGGGGUGAGAGAGAAGGGGAGACGAUGGACGGGGAAUGGUAUGGUGUGUGGUUUGCUGCUUUGUUUGUUUCUCGUUGGUUUGUUGGUUUCUUCAGUUGUUCCUGGUUGACCCGUACAUUCACAUAUGGCGGGGCUAUGACGACCCCGACAACCUCUCGGACAAAGAACACCAGGUAGGGGAGUUAGAGAGUGCGGCCAUCCAUCCAUCAGUGAGUGAGUGCGUUGCCUGACCUGAUGUGUGGCUGUGGCUGAUUGGUUCAGCUGAUAUAUGAGGACCUGCGCAAUCGGCUGGCGCCAUACGACGGCAGGCACGUCUUCGCAAGGGACUUCUCAUACUCAUGUAUGUCUGUAUGGAAGAGGCAGGGAGGGAGGGAGGGAGGGAGCGGCAUCCAUCCAUCCAUCCAUCCAGAUUGGCAUGGAGAGCUCUCCCUCUCUCUCUCUUUUUCUCUCUCUCUGCGUCUGUGUCUGUGUCUGUGUGCGCAUUAUCAUUCAACGUCCGUCAGUUGCGAAGAAGUUCGCCCAGGACCCCACCUCGCCGGCCCCUGCCUUCGUCUAUGUUGACGCCAAUCACGCACACGAAGCCGUCACCAAGUGAGGGAUAAUAGCGGAGGGAGGGGAAAAACGGAAAAACCUGCCCGUCUGUCGUGUGCGCGUGCGGUGUGUGUGGAUGCAUUAAGGGAUUUGGAGAGUUGGUGGCCUCUGGUGGGACAGGGGGGCGUCAUCGCUGGCGGGACUUACAUCAAUAGGGCUGGACGUGGGACAAAGAGAAGGAGUUUUCAAUCGUGUGUUGUGUCUUUCUGACUCGUGCGUGUUCCCUCGUAUGCGUGUGUUGUGUAUGUGUGUGUGUGUGUGCAGAGAAGGUGUUUGUCAAGAAAGCUGUAGACGACUUCGCCGACAAGCAUCAGCUCAAGGUGCGCUUCGUGGGAAGCAAGCUGCUGUGCGCGAUUUGUGUGUAUAUGUUUUGUCUGUCUGUCUGUGUCUGCGUGUGUGUGUCCAUCCAUCCAUCCAUCCAUCAGGUGUACAUAACGACCGAUGACGACGUCCCGUCGUGGUACAUCAUCAAGCGCGACGUUCAGACGCCGAUACUCGCAUAGUUUAGCCAGCCAGCCAGGCAGCCUCCCCAGCCCGUGGUAGUUGGUGGUGUGCACACAUGUGAUGGAUGUGAUGUGAUGUGACUGAUCCAUCCGAUCCAUGGGAAGACGUCACGGCAACAGACACACGUCAGGUCAGGUCACACUUGUCUGUGUGUCUGUCUGUCUGUCUGUCCCUGUUGUGAAGUACGUGUGUGUGCGGCAACCAUGUACUCUACGCAUGGACCAUCUCUUUGGAUGCACAGCUGGCCAACCGCC